CUGGCAGAAGCCGCCGUAUGGUGUGCCUGAGUUUUGUUUCCUCAUAAGAACGAGCAUCGGUCGCUUGGGAAUUUGCGAAAAACUGGCAGUCUCAGCAUCGAAAAUGACCGCGAAACCAGCAACCCCCUCCGCAAUGGAGUUCAUCGCUCAAGAGAUGCAUGACAGCUUCAAGUCAGCUCGCCUCGAGUUCGUCAAGAUUGACGAAAACAACGAACAGCUCAAGACAUUCAUCCGCACGGUCGAAACGCCCUUUAUCCAGGCCCUCGCAUCGUCGUCCAUGCCCAUCCCCUACGGCAAAGCCGACGUCGACCGCAUUGUCAGCCUCAUGUCCAAGGCAUUCCUCGGCGCGGCCAUCUACCUCCUCCCUUCGCCUAGCGACGAAACAUCUCACAAUUUCCAAGGCGAUGCAGCGGUGAGCAGCACACAAACAACAGCAGCAGCAGUAGCAACGGCAACAAGAGCAGGCAGCUCAGACGGCGGCGUGCUCAUCGGCACCAUCUGCCUCGGCUGGGGCGGCUUCACGCCCGGACUCGUCAGCAACCGCAGCGCGACCAUUGGCAUCGCCCUCGCGCGCCAGUACCAGAACAACGGGUACGGCAGGGAGGCCAUCGACUGGAUGCUGGACUGGGCGUUUCGGCACGGGGGCCUGCACACGGUGCGCAUCGGCGCGUUCUCGUAUAACGAGCGUGCGGCGCACUUGUACGAGAGCAUGGGCUUCACGCUCGACGGGCGGAUGCGCGACGCGCGACGCUUUAAUAGGCAGUGGUAUGAUGAGUUGCUCUUUUCGAUGACGGAGGACGAGUGGGAGCGGCUACGGGGUAUAUAAAAGGCGAAAACGCCAGAGGACGAGCGUGUCUGAGCUGAGAUGGAAACGACAUGUAACGGCCCCCCGUCCC